AACGAAUGCGGUGUGGUGUGGUGUGGUGUGCGCUUCCGCUGCUACUGCUAGGCUUUCGGAUCGAACGGCUCCUAUGACUUUAAUGUUCGUGCGGUGGGUUGAUCAGAAUGGACUGAACUAGCCUCAGGUUCGGUUCCAUUCCACCUCGCCGCCGCCGCCGCCGCCGUCGAUGGCGCGCCCCCUCUUCUCCGCCACGAAGGCGCUACUCCUGCCCGCCCCAUCUCCAUCGCCAGCGCCGGCGUCUUCUUCGGCGGCGGCGGCAGCCGCGGCGGCCUCGCUGCUGCCGCUGCUCCCCUGUAAGCGGCGGAGGAAGCUCCUGAAGAAGCUCAACAGCCCGCGCGUCGCGCCGAUCGAGCCGGAGGAGGCCCGCCGCGUGCCGGAGCUCGACGCCGUCCUCGACCGCGACGCCGCGUUCCGAUUCCUCACCCGUGCGAGGUCGUUUCUGGCCGCGCUCCCGCCGCCGCACCGGAUCCCCCUUGCGGAGGCCGGCAAGCUGUACCGCGAGCUCGGCUUCCCCCGCGGCCGCAGCGUGUCGCGCGCCGCCGCGCGCCACCCGCUGCUCUUCCACCUCCCUACGGUGGGCUCCGUCCCGCACCUCGCGCUCACGCCGUUCAUGCGCUCGCUCCUGGAAGAGGAGCGCCGCCUGCACGACGAGCUCCUCCCGACGCGGGUGCGGACCGUCCGGAAGCUCCUCAUGCUCACCGACCACCGCCGCAUCCCACUCGCGAAGCUCCACCACUGCCGCGCGGUGCUCGGCCUGCCGGACGACUUCCGGGACCGCGUCGGCGAGUUCCCCGACGACUUCCGCGUCGCCGUCGACCCCGACGGCCGCCACGUCCUCGAGCUGGCGCGCUGGGACCCCGCGCUCGCCGUCAGCGCGCUGGAGCGCGACUUCGUGGUGGACGAACGCCGGGUCCGCCGCACGUUCCGCUUCGCCGUCGCGCACAGCCGGUCGAUGCCGCUCGACGCGGAGGACGCCGACCGCCUGGACGCGGCGACCACGUUCCCGCUGGUCUCGCCGUACACCAACGGCGCGCUGCUCAGGCCGUGGACGCCGGAGGCGGAGAAGUACCGCGUCGGCGUGGUGCACGAGCUCCUCAGCCUGACGCUGGAGAAGCGCGCGCUGAUCCACCACAUAUUCGAGUUCAAGGAGGAGCUCAGCCUCACGCGCCACAUGUACGCCUCGCUGCGGAAUCAGAACCGCGCCUUCUACCUCGCCGGCACGGAGAUGAACUGGGCCGUGUUCCUCAGGGACGCGUACGGCGACGACGGCGCUCUCAGGGAGAAGGACCCGCUCGUGCUGUUCAACGAGAAGCUGCAGCGCUACGCGUGCAUGAACGAAGAUGGAUUCCUCCAGGGAGAGCAUUCGCUGACUGACUAGUGACGUCCACGUACAAAAUUGCUUGUCUGAAUUCACAGGAUUCAGCUUUUGCUUCCGUGGAUUUUUGUCCCAGCAGUUCGGGCUGGAAUGCAAUGCGAUGCCCAUCCAGCUAUUUCAGAAUCUUCAGAGUUGUUGCCCAUUCAGAUAGUUCAGAUCUUCAGGAUCUUCAGAUUUGUACCAGCUACCAGGUGAAUAGCGGGAGAGAAAAACGAAAGAAAGGAUCGGCUCAUCCCCAGUCAUAAGAGUUGUGCGAUCAAUUCGCAAUGUUAUAUUUGGACGAGUUGCAAUGUAUGGACAUGUUACUAGCAAUCAGCAAUGAUAAUAAAACCAAGGUAAAUCACGUUUUGCUUUA